GGUGUACAAGAGUUCGAAGUGUUUCCGAUCCCGCGUAGAUGGCGUCCUUCAAGUUUCUCUUCAUAACCUUACUUGCCUUGAUGUUUAUCUGCAGCACAUCUGUGCAAGGCAUGAGACACGGAAUGCACCAUCGUCCAGGCAGACCAGGACCACACCAUCGCCCGAGACCAGGUCAUCGCCCCGGACCAAUCCAUCGUGGACCAAAGCAUCAUGGUCGUCGACACCGUUUCUAAACAAAAGAUGUAGUCGUGGUAUGUCUGGUAGAAAUUCAGUAUAUGAAGUCUUGCAAUGAUUUCAAAUGCAUUGAUAGUAGACUAUUAGACUUAAAUAGGCAAUCUCAAAUCUGUGUCCGGAUUUUGUGUCUUUGAGCAACUUUCUCUAAGAUGUGAAUAUCACUUAGUCCCAUUCACUGUAUUGGAUUGCUGUGAAUAAACCAUGCUUGAAA